ACGUGCGAGGAGGACCCCCACCGCCCCCAGCCUCUCGCCGCCGGGUUUUGUGCUCCGGACCCCACGUCGGUCCAGAGGCUGCUGGAAAGCGGGCUGGGCGGGGCGUCCGCGCCCGGUCCCCACUGCCUGCGAGGGUCCCACCUCAGACGCACUGGGGGCUCCGGGCGGGGCCGCGCGCGCUCCCGAGGGGGACCGGUGGGUCCCCGCCCACCGCGCCCGGGGCGGGGCCUGCGCGCCACGUGACGGCGGCGCCGCGCGCCGAGCGCCCCGCCCCGCGGGAGGAGGCCCGGGCCGCGACCCGGCCCGCGCGCUGCUGGAGCCGCCCGGCCGCCCGCGCGCUCCGCACCCGCGGCCCCUCGCCCGCCGGCCCCGGGCUCGCCGGCUGCGGCAGCGGCCUCAAGAUGGACGAAGACGGCGGCGGCGGCGAGGGCGGCGGCGUGCCUGAAGACCUCUCACUAGAAGAAAGAGAAGAACUUUUAGACAUCCGUCGAAGAAAAAAGGAACUUAUUGAUGACAUCGAGAGGCUGAAGUAUGAAAUCGCAGAAGUGAUGACGGAGAUCGACAACCUCACGUCGGUGGAGGAGAGCAAAACGACUCAGAGGAACAAGCAGAUCGCCAUGGGAAGGAAGAAGUUCAACAUGGAUCCCAAAAAGGGAAUCCAGUUUCUAAUAGAGAACGACCUGCUGCAGAGCUCCCCGGAGGAUGUGGCCCAGUUCCUGUAUAAAGGGGAAGGCCUGAAUAAGACCGUCAUCGGGGACUACCUGGGUGAGAGGGAUGAAUUUAACAUUAAAGUUCUUCAGGCUUUUGUGGAACUCCAUGAGUUUGCUGAUCUCAACCUCGUACAAGCCUUAAGGCAGUUCCUCUGGAGCUUCAGGCUGCCGGGCGAGGCGCAGAAGAUCGACCGCAUGAUGGAGGCCUUCGCUGCUCGCUACUGCCUGUGCAACCCCGGCGUCUUCCAGUCCACGGACACAUGCUACGUGCUGUCCUUCGCCAUCAUCAUGCUCAACACCAGCCUCCACAAUCACAACGUGCGCGACAAGCCCACCGCCGAGCGCUUUGUCACCAUGAACCGUGGCAUCAACGAGGGCGGGGACCUCCCCGAGGAGCUGCUGCGGAACCUGUACGAGAGCAUCAAGAACGAGCCGUUCAAGAUCCCCGAGGACGACGGCAACGACCUGACGCACACGUUCUUCAACCCCGACCGCGAGGGCUGGCUCCUGAAGCUGGGGGGGCGUGUGAAGACCUGGAAGCGGCGCUGGUUCAUCCUCACCGACAACUGCCUCUAUUACUUUGAAUACACGACGGAUAAGGAGCCCCGGGGAAUCAUCCCGCUGGAGAACCUGAGCAUCAGGGAGGUGGAGGACCCGCGGAAACCCAACUGUUUCGAGCUGUACAACCCCAGCCACAAAGGGCAGGUCAUCAAAGCCUGUAAGACAGAGGCGGACGGCCGGGUAGUGGAGGGCAACCACGUGGUGUACCGCAUCUCGGCGCCCAGCCCGGAGGAGAAGGAGGAGUGGAUGAAGUCCAUCAGAGCGAGUAUCAGCAGGGAUCCUUUCUAUGACAUGUUGGCCACGAGGAAAAGGAGGAUUGCCAAUAAGAAAUAGUGCUUUCCUGGUCUGAGCAGCAGGUAAAAGGAAACUGAAACCCCACAGCAGAGUGACUGGGGGGCUCCCCGCGACACCCUGGACCACCCCAACGGCCUGCCCUGUCUCUUCCGGGACCGCAGCCCCUGCUGAUCUCAAGAGGCCUUGUCGCCCCUUUCCGCCGCCACCCUCCCGGCUCCGAGGACAUUCUUCUCGAAGGCCCGGCCAGCAGCUGCGCCUGGUGGUCCAGCCUUGAAUAUCCGCGGGGCAGACAAGAGGCCACAUGUGCUCCUUGGUGGCAGUGGCGGUGUUGGCCGUUCUGGAAGCCGCUGUUUUGUAUCAUAACAGGAAAGGAAAAGCUACCACUUUUUUAUUGAGUUUUUUUCUCAGAUAUAUAGGAUUAUAGCUUUUAUACGCCUUUUUAUAUUCUGAAAUUAUAAUGAAAGAUACUUUCUAACAGUAGUAUUUUUAGAAUGGCAGCUAUAAAUUUAACUUCUGGACACACGUAUAUACUGUGCACUGAGAACAAGUUACAUACACACACAUGCAGCAAUGGGGAGUUGGGGGCCGUGCUCAAGGGGAACCCGAGGGCGCCCCCUGGCGGACGGAGACGCCCGUGUCCUUGAGGACACGCACUGGGUAGGGGUCCAGUGGGGUCCAGUGGGUCCUGGACCCCAGGGCUCCAGUCUUCUGAGUCAUCCAACUCAGUCUUCAUGGCCCCACAGAUAACUUUUCUAAAGACACAAAUCAUUAAAUUUUGGUUUGGGGUGUUUAUCCUGUAACUGCUGAAUCCCAGGACGGACAGUGUAUGUGUUGAACCACAUGAAACUGCUCACAUUUGACCCAUUUCUGACACCCACAAAUAGCAGCGUCACGUGGUCCAACCAAACCCAUGGUUCAGGCCAGCUGUGACCACUGUCUUCACUACUUAAGGCCUGUUGGCCAAACGAAUGGUUAUAAUGAUUCAAUCAGAUGUAUUAAUGUAAUGUGUAGACAUGUAAGGAAGUGGAGAUAAUCUUCCUCCAUGUUUCGAGAGAUUUGAUCUAUUACAGGAAGGGAAAGAGCAGGCUGGCGGAUGAAGGCAUAUAGCACAUAGGCUUUUCUGUAAAUAGUUUAAAACCCCAAACACGCACUGGUGGUCGGACUGGAGAAGAUCCCUGACCAGGUGGUUGUCAGGUGCUGCUGGCUGAAUGAGAGGUGCUCAAGCAUGCAGUGAGGAGCUGGGUCCAUCACGCCACAGAGAUGGCCCAAGGGUGCACAGGUGGGACAUUCAGGGCGGGGCCAGUGACAUGCUUUUUAUUGUAAGUUUCAUUUCCACCACCAGGACCUCCGCAUGUUAUACGGACUCCCUCGCCCACAUGGGCUUGUUUCGGUGGAGGGUCCCUUCCCUGGGGGACCUACUUUCCCUGCCCCACCGCAAAGGCACCCACCCUGUUCAUUUUGCACAUUUGAGAGGUCAUCACCUCUCCUGUGCAAAGGCCAAGUUCAAGAAAAACCACCUCAGUCUAUGCGUGGAGAGGUAAAACAGAGAAGACGUUUCCUAGGAGUUGCCUUGAGGCUGAGACUGAAUGGCUGUGGGCCCUCAGCCUCGUGCAGCUUAAAGUUACACCAGACUGCAAAGGGGGCCACGCACAGGACUCUCCACCAGGCAUCAAACUGACUUUUUCGGUUCAUUCCCAAGUGUUUAGGCUCUGCUCCUGUACCGAUACCUCAGAUUCAAACCUCUAGUUCUGAGAAAGGCAAGUCAGCAUUCUUGAAACGCCUGACUGGCAUAUAUGCAACUCCGGCCCGUCUUCCGUGAAAAGACGCUGCCUAGACCACCCGACCAAACACUGCUGACGACGACCGGCAGCGCCCUCCCCUCGGGCCGGCCCCACUCCCGGGUUGCCUGGGCCGCCGGCUCCAUCAGUAUUUUGCGUGGGACAACCGAUCUCUCUCUCCUUUGUCUGAUCCAGGUAGGACCCUGGGGAUACAGGACUGUCUGUCUUUUGGGUUUGCAUCAGGGUGGGGUUGAGAGAAGUGAGCAGAAGGAAACCUCUGUAAAAUCUUUCUCUGACCACUUGUGAAGGAGCCUUACCAGACGGCUGUUUGCCCGGAAUGAUGCAGAAGGCCAUGGUGCUCAGGAUCUGUCCCUUGCUCUAGGAGUGUUACGUGAAGUCAUGGAAUUCCAGGUUUUGUGUGACAGUAUUAACCUGACAGGCUUAAGGUGUCCUCCCCGCACUAAGCCCUCAGAUGGCCUAGUCCAGAAGCCCCGCGGGGUCAGGGCUGUGCGGGGACAGGUCUGUGGCCGGCGGGCCUGGUUGCCUGGACUUCAGUGUGAUCCUGUUCACCCCCCUGCUACCCUCCCGUCUGCGUUCAGUGCUUGAAUUACUCGUCUUGUCCCUACUCUGGCCAAAGAACUUACCUGCAGAGAGAGAGGGCAGGAGGCAGAGAAGGUCCGCUGGGUGGGAGGCAUGGCUCCCGCAGCCCCACUCGCCCCCGCUGACACGUGGGGUUUAAGUGGGUGACCCUGUGCCCAGACAGGCAGGCGUCUUCAGGAUCACAGAACAUCCUUGAGCAGUUUAAUGUGGUACCAAACGAAGUCCAAAUAGGAGCUAUUUAUAGAUGAAGCAGCAUUUAAUGCUGCAUAUAAAGCAAUGCAUAUUUUUCAAGCUAAAAUGCAUAUAUCUACAUAGAUGUGCUUUGCUGAGAAGUUAGGUCUGUUGUAGACCAGAAACCACACAUUGUGAUUUCUUGUUUUAUUUUUUCUUAGAAAACAUUUCUAUUUACGGUAAAUAGUUAAUAUGUAAAUAAUGUACAUAUAUGUUGACUUCUGGAGUGUUUGUUAUUCAAUGUAUAUACUCCUACAACGUGCAUGAAGAAAUAUCCUUUAUCUAUUGAUAAUUUUGUUGUAAAGUGAAUGGUAAACCUGGAGAGUGUAUGGCUGUCAGAUGGCAAGUACUGUGUUCAUUAAAUAAAAACACAUUGUUAAAAUAA